AUGGCCAACGUCGCUGAGGCAGAGGGACAGUUGCGAGGAUUGCUGAAAAUCGCUUCUGGUACUGACGCACUGAGAAAGAUGCUGGAAACGACGAAGAGUUAUUGUUCGCAGAAGAUCGACUUUUUGUUAGACGAGGACUACGACGCGACGAACAGCCUCAUAGCCAUAUUUCGUUCGGCAGCGGACGAAAUGGACGUCCAACGCCAGGUGAUGGAGACGUUCGUAAACGCCAGCGCGUCAUCGUCCGAGUUUGUGGCCUACUUGCUGCGAGGGGCUACGGAGUUCAUGGAGGACGCAUGGCUGUGGGCCGUUGAUCCGGAAUGCUCAAAUCGGCACCUGUUUGCGGCGUUGUUGUCGAACGUGACCAUAGCAGCAGAUCACUGCGUAGCUCUGUCACGAUUCGACUCGUUUGCGACCAACCUCCGUCGACUAAUUGGCGCGGAUUUCGACCAGGCAGGCGAGGCCCAGUGCCAUUGCCUCAAUAUCAUAAGGAAUCUGUCGCAGGUGAAGGAGAUUAGAGACGAAAUGAUACGAGGCGAUUUGGAAGGCGGUUUGGACUGCAUGAAGUUCAAAUGCUUUUCCACCGUAACGAGCGCGACGCGGUCCAAAGACCCAACUGUGAAGAAAGCAGCUUUCGCUACAAUCAGAAACUUCUGCGUCGACUCAGACUUGCACCCAUUCCUGAUUUCGCAAGGCGACAAACUCUUGACAGUGCUGCUGUAUCCAUUGAUUGGGCCAGAGGUGUUGUCCGAUGAUGAAAAUGCCCUGAUGCCCAAAGAUCUCCAGUACAUGCUUCCAGAAAAAACGAGAGAGCCGGAUAAAAUUAUUCGUGUACAUAUUCUCGAAUCGCUUUAUCUCUUAUGUACGACGUCUGCCGGAAGGAGAUGGCUUAGGGAAAGUGGCACUUAUUACGUUCUUCGCGAGUACCACAAAUGGGAGACGGACGAAAACGCGGACGUUCUGUGCAGCAACGUUGUUGGAGUGUUGAUCAGAACUGAAGAGGAAAUCGGCUGUGAUAAUAUCAUUCGAUUCAUGUUUCCGGAGAGUUCUUCUACCAACAGUCUAAGCUGA